AUGGCGGUCGAGACCAGGAGAACAGCCCUUGUGGACCUCUCGCUGGACCUCAUCCAGAAGCUCAUCGCCCACCAGCACCUGGCUGGCCCUGUGCACUCCAUCUCCCACAAGCGAGACCCUGCCGCCGCUCGCUCUGGACGCAAGCUGCUCUGCCGCUGCGAUGACAUUCCUGAUGACGGCGUGGAGCUGCGCGUGCUCAAGGGCCUGCUCACUGCCGCCACCUCCUCCACCAUCCAUCUCCAUGGACAGGCGCUGCUGCUGACCGUGAGGACGUGCUACAACAUCUUCCUGAUGAGCCGCUCCACGGUGAACCAGACGACCGCCAAGGCCAGCCUGACACAGAUGCUUAAUUGCGUCUUCCAGCGCAUGGAGCUCAACAGCGAAGUGGUGCACGUGCAGCCCAUCGCUGUGGUGGACAUGCUGGGCCUGCCCUCCACAGAGACAGACACAACCUUUGUGCAGAAUUUUCUCCAUGAGGUGAAUUUUGGCAUCCAACAGGGUCUGGAUGAUGCAUUCAAGACCAGGCUCACAGCUGCCAGUCCCUAUGGAUACCACACACCCCCAGAGGGAUCUCCAUCUGUCGGGCCUCGCCCUGUCUCUGCGCCGAGGCCCUCCAUCAGGAGCUCUGUGGACAUCCAGCCCUUGAUAGACCGGCCGGUGUCAGCACCUCCUGUUUCAGAAGCUGCCGUGGAAGAGUCAGGUGAUCCGGAAAUGUCCAUUGUGCUGGCCAAGGACGCCUUCCUGGUCUUCCGCGCUCUCUGCAAGCUGUCAAUCCGCAGCUCUGAGUCCUCAACUGGCACUGACCCCACAGCUGUCCGCGGCAAGGUGCUGGCGUUGGAGCUGCUGAAGGUACUGCUGGAGAACAGCGGCAAGGUGUUCCAGGCGUCGGAGAAGUUCACGGGCGCCAUCAAGCAGUACCUGUGCCUGUCGCUGCUCAAGAACGCGAGCAGCCCCAUCCCGGCCGCGCAGGCGCUCACCUGCUCCAUCUUCUACACGCUGCUGGCCAAGUUCCGCCACGCGCUCAAGGCCGAAGUCGGCGUCUUCUUCCCCAUGAUCCUCCUGCGCGCCAUCGAGCCGCCGCCCCAAUCCUCCACCCCAGGACCCUCUGCGGUGGCGCUGCGGUGCCUGGCGGGCGCGUGCGAGAGCGGCCAGUUGCUGGUGGACAUCUUCGUCAACUACGACUGCGACCUGGAGGGCGCCAACCUCUUCGAGCGCCUCGUGCUGGCCCUCGUGCGCACUGCGCAGGCCGCCCCCUCCGCCUCUGACACCCCCGCGGCCGCUGCCGAAGAAGCCCACCUCCGCCUCCUGGCUCUCCAGUGUCUUGUCAGCAUCCUGCGCUCGCUUGUGGAGUGGUACACAGUGUCCACGCCAGUGGUGGCCGUCAACGACAGCGCACCCGCGUACGACCAGAGCAUGCGCUCAGACUGGGGCACCCUGACCUCACUGACAGGGCAGGACCCCUCCUCUGAGGCGGCCGAUGGCGAAGCUGCGGCGGACGCUGAAUCUUGGAAGGCAUACAAAAAGGGCUUCCAGCAGGGCAUUGCCCUCUUCAACGCCAAGCCGAAGAAGGGCAUUGCUUUCCUGCAGGAGCAAGGCAUGCUGGGGCGUACGCCGGAGGAAGUGGCAAAGUUCCUGGCGAAGACAACCGGGCUGAACAAGACCAUGAUUGGGGAGUACCUGGGAGAGCGAGAGGAGACCUGCCUGCGAGUCAUGCACUCCUAUGUUGAUGCCAUGGACUUUGCUGGCUCGGAGUUUGACACUGCAAUUAGGACGUUCUUGUCAGGCUUCAGGCUCCCAGGAGAGGCGCAGAAGAUUGACAGGCUGAUGGAGAAGUUUGCAGAGCGCUUUGUCAGCUGCAACUCGGAGGCCUUCAAGAGCGCCGAUGUGGCCUAUGUGCUGGCCUACUCCGUCAUCUUGCUCAACACAGACGCCCACAACCCUCAAGUCAAGAACAAAAUGUCCAAGCAGGGCUUCUUGAAGAACAAUCGAGGGAUCAACGAUGGAGCGGACCUGCCAGAGGACUACAUGUCGGAGCUGUAUGACCGCAUCAUCAACAAUGAGAUCAAGAUGAAGGAUGCGGAUGCUGUGGGCCUGAUGGCCGCCACUGCAGCCAAGGGAGGCGGCUGGAUGGACACCAUCUUGAACCUCAUCCCAGGCCGGCGGGCUGCAGCCUCCAAUGAGCCCAGCGAAGAGGCCAUCAGGCGCACUCACGAGAACCUCAGGGAGAAAGCCAAGGGAGCAACCUUCUUUGAGGCGACAGAGGGAGAGACCGUGCGCCCGAUGCUGGAUGUGGCGUGGGCCCCGAUGCUGGGCGCUUUCUCGGUGCUCUUUGAGGAGUUCACAGAAGGGACGACGGUGAACUUGUGCCUGGCGGGGCUGGUGGCGGCGGUGAGGGUGACGAGCCUGCUGAGCAUGGACAUGCUGCGCAACACCUUUGUCACGACCGUCGCGCGCUUCACGCAGCUGCACUCGCCCGCCUCCAUGGCGCUCAAGAACGCCCAGGCCUUCCGCGCCCUCCUCGUCAUUGCAGACGAGAACGGCAACCACCUCGGGAACGUGUGGCAGGAGGUGUUGCGCUGCGUGUCGCGUUGGGAGCUGCUGCAGCAGAUUGCGUCCGGGGGCCCCUCGGACGCCCUCCUCUUUGCAGCCCCUGCCGAGCCGGUGGCCGCGGUCAAGAAGCGCAACUUCUUCUCUCGCGCACCCAAGGAUGCCGGGGCCAAUGGCAAGGUGCUAGACAGCUUCACCAGCAUACACGACGCGCCGCUGCACUGGUCAGGCCGCGGGUACGGCAAGGACGGCGGCAACGAGAGCGGCCUGCCGCCGGAGAAUGUCGUGCAGGAGAUCGAUGCCCAAGAGCUCAACCGCAUGUUUGUGCGGAGUGGGCUGUUGGACAGCGAGGCAAUUGUGGAGUUUGUGCGCGCGCUGUGCCACGUGGCGCAGGAGGAGCUGCGACCCACCGCUGCCCCGCGUGUCUACUCCCUCACCAAGAUCAUCGAGAUCUCCCACUUCAACAUGUCCCGCAUCAGGCUGGUGUGGAAUCGCAUCUGGGCGGUGCUGUCGGACUUCUUUGUGGAGGUGGGCUGCCACAAGAACCUGCAGGUGGCCAUGUACUCUGUGGACAGCCUGCGCCAGCUGGCCACCAAGUUCCUGGAGCGCGAUGAGCUGGCCAACUACUCCUUCCAGAACGACUUCCUCAAGCCCUUUGUCAUCGUCAUGCGCCUCUCCAAGGCACUGGAGAUCCGGGAGCUCAUCAUCCGGUGUGUGUCCCAGAUGGUGUUGGCCAGGGUCUCCAAUGUGAAGUCAGGCUGGAAGUCCAUGUUCAUGGUGUUCACAACAGCGGCAAACGAUGAGUCACCCAUGAUCGUGCGGCUUGCCUUUGACACCGUUGAGAAGAUCGUGCGUGAGCACUUUGACUACAUCACAGAGACAGAGGUCACCACUUUCACAGAUUGCGUAAAUUGCCUUAUCGCCUUCACAAACAACCCCCACAGCCUGGACGUCAGCCUCAAUGCAAUCGCCUUCCUGCGUUUCUGCGCCAUGAAGCUUGCAGAGGGCGCCAUAGCGCAGGCGGUUGCUAUUCUGGAGGACGCCUCCAAGGGCAAGGGGCUGCAGUUCAGCGACAAGGACGAGCACAUGUACUUCUGGUUCCCCCUGCUGGCAGGCCUCAGCGAGCUCACCUUCGACCCCCGCCCAGACAUCCGCUACUCUGCCCUCGAGGUGCUCUUUGACACCUUGAAGUACCACGGCGCCUCCUUCACUGCGCCAUUCUGGGCGCGCGUCUUCGACUCUGUGCUGCUGCCGAUCUUUGACCAUGUCAGAGCGGAGGUCACGGACACCACCACGUUCACAGCGGAGGAGCGCAGGGCGGAGGUGGAUGCAUGGCUGUAUGAGACGUGCACGCAGUGCCUGCAGCACAUGGUGGACAUCAUUGCCCUCUUCUACACCCCCGUCGCCCCCAUCCUCCCCCGCAUCUUCGACCUCCUCUCCAACUUCGUCAGGAGGCCGCACCAGUCGCUGGCUGCGGUGGGAGUUGCGGCACUGGUGCGCCUGAUAGUGGCGGCCGGCGACCGCAUGAGCGCGGCCGUCUGGGUAGAGGCCGUCGGCACGCUGGCGGCAUGCGCCACCGACACGCGCCCGGCGGUGCGCGAACUGAUCGCCUCCGUGCGCGCGUCGGCCGAUGGCGGCAACAUCGCCCCGGCUAGCCCCUCCCCGGCCACGCCGACGGCCGCGCUUGCCCCAGAGGACAGCCCCUGGGACGCCAAGAGCCCUGGGGACAGCCCCCGCGGUGGCGCGCGAUGCCGGGCGGCCAUACAGCUGCUGCUGGUGCAGGCGUGCGGCGAGGUGUACGCCUCGCACGCGCCGCGCCUGCCGCAGGCUGCCGCCAUCCUCAUGCUGGACGCGCUGGCGGCUGUGGCCGAGCAUGCGCGCGACGUGGAUGCUGACCUGGACAUUCGCAGAGAUCUGGCUGCCGCCCAAACCGCCGGCAAGCUUCUGUCGGAUCCGCCGCUGCUGCGGUUGGAGGGCGAGGCUUGCCACGCCUACUUGUCUAUGCUUCUGCAUCUCAACUCGGCCGGCUCGGAACCCCUGCGCCAGGCGGCCGGCGUGGAGCAGCGCCUGCUCGCCCUGUGCAUCGCCAACCUCGAGUGCUUCGAGACGGAGGGCGAUGCCGGGAGGGAGAGCGGCAGCGGCAGCGGGGGCCUGGUGGGGGCCCGGGAGGAGGCCGGUGCGCGCGCACCACUGGUGGUGGCCACGCUCAAGGCGCUGGGCGCGCUGAGCGAUGACUCAUUCCGCCGCCACCUGGUCGCCAUAUUCCCCCGGCUGACGCGGCUCAUCGGAUGCAUACGCGCGCCCCCCGAGAUCCAACGGGCCCUCUCCGACCUCUUCGCUCGCCGCAUUGGGCCGCUGCUCACGCUGGGCUGAGGCCGCUGGACUUGGUUGGGCAUAGGAGAGGGUCACGAGUGUGUGUCGUGGUCGGGCAGCGUCUUGGUUGGGGAGUGUGUUGGUUGUAAUCAAAGCCCUGUGCGCAGACUGGAGUGUGGUCUGCCUCUUUACUAGUAGCAGUGCAAGCUUUCUCUUGGGUCUUGUGUCAGAUUUGCAUGUAGAGGGAAAAGGCAUGAGGCCUGUCAGAUAGCGUCGUUCUCAAUGCCGGCCAGGUGGGACGAAGCUGAGCUCAACACUGAGAGAUUCACGCUGCAGCUGCCAGCAUUGAUAUGUUUAGGGUUCUGCUGGCUAGGACGAUCUUUUGCGCUAUCCGCAGCAUUACAAGGAUAGAAUAGCUCUUGAACCUGGGCUUUUCAGGAGGGCAUGUAGUGAGUGGGGAGAAUGUUCUCUACAAAGGAGUGCUGCUGUUGAAAGUGAGUCAUUAGC